ACUAUCCCUGACGUGAAGGCGGAAGCUCGUGCGGCUUUUCGGGGCGGGUCAGCUGGAGUGUAAAUAAUAAAACCGGGGGGUGGAAACAGAAGUCUUCCUGUUACGUUUGAGGACUACACAGAAAGUCGUCGGUAAGACAAUGGCAUCACCCACCCCUCUGUCCAAGGCCAACACCACCUUCUCUCUGGCUUUGCUCAAAAAGUUUGGAGAUAAAGACAAGACCGCAAAUGUCUUCUACUCCCCCUUCAGCAUCUCUUCAGCCCUGGCUAUGGUGAUGCUGGGGGCCAAGGGCAACACAGCCACGCAGAUGUCAGAGGUCCUCCGCUUCACCGAGGCACAGGAGCCCCGGCACGCAGGAGCAGGGCAGGUGCAGAUGCAGCAGCAGGCCUCGUUCAAACUGCCACCGCAUCUGCAGAAGAGGUGCCUGAAGACCCAGGGUUGUCAGGACGACGUCCACGUUAGCUUUGCCCAACUGCUGAGCGAGCUCAACAAGGCUGGUGCGCCGUAUGCCCUCAGCGUCGCUAACAGACUCUACGGGGAGAAGUCCUACGAGUUUGUUGAGGAUUAUUUGGGAAGCACGAAGAAGCACUACAGCGCAGAGCUGGAGGCCGUGGACUUUGUGAGCGGGUCAGAAGCGGCCAGGCUCAACAUCAACAAGUGGGUGCACGAGCAGACUCAAGGUAAAAUUAAGGACUUGCUGGCCGAGGGUUUGCUGGACGAAUACACCAGACUGGUGCUGGUCAAUGCCAUCUACUUCAAAGGCAACUGGAACAAGAAGUUCCAAGAGAGUGCCACUCAGGAUGUUAAGUUCAGGAUCAACAAGAAUCAGACCACGUCAGUGAAGAUGAUGCACCAGAAAUCCAAGUUCCCCGUGACCUACAUCCCAGAAGCCAACUGCCAGGUCCUGGAGAUGCCUUACAAAGGAAUGGAGCUCAGCAUGCUCAUCUUUUUGCCCAGUGACAUAGAGGACAGUACAACGGGUCUGGAGAAGCUGGAGAAGGCGCUGACGUAUGACAACUUUGUGGAUUGGACUCGUCCAGACAUGAUGAAUGAAGUAGAGAUUCGGGUGGGGCUGCCUCGGUUCAAGAUGGAGGAGAACUACGACAUGAAGAAUGUCCUGGUCAGCAUGGGCAUGGUGGACGCUUUCGACCCGGUGAUGUGUGACUUCUCUGGCAUGGCCCCCGGCAACGACCUGGUGCUGUCCAAGGUCGUCCACAAGGCUUUCGUGGAGGUCAACGAGGAGGGAACUGAGGCUGCCGCCGCCACCGCCGCCAUCAUGAUGCUGCGCAUGUCCAUGCCAGCCUCCUUCAUCGCGGACCACCCCUUCCUCUUCUUCAUCCGACAUAACCCGUCUAUGAGCAUCCUCUUUGCCGGCCGAUACUGCUCCCCUAAGUGAGCACGCCGCUUAUGGCGGUGUUUCUCAACAGAAAGUGGUGGAGGAGGGUGGGGGAGGGAUUACAAAAGAUUGAUUGCACCUUCAACACCAGAAUGACAAGGGGAGUCUGUGGCGUUGCUUUACGUUCUUGCACUGUUAUCUUUGGCGCCUAAUCUCACCCUCAGGAUCUGGUUUACUCAAUGUCCGUAACGCACGUAUGACCCCGUUUGCUGCACCAUCAACCCUUAACCUCCUUUAUCUAUACCAUUGAAUUCAUCUUAUCUUAAAGCCUUAAAAGCUUUGAAAACGUAUGCCUUAAUCCAGAUUCCUGUUUUUUUUCACUCACCUUUAUCUGCAGAACAUGCAACUUUCGAAUUUGAUAUGUUCACUCAACCAAAGAGAGUGUCCAUUAGUUUGCACCAUUAUCCAUGUGAUAAACAUAAACGAAGCCCAUUGAAUGUAACCUUAUGCUCUUACAUGUGGAAUAAAAGUGUGUGGUUAAAAAAA